AUGACCGCCCUACCAUUUCGCACCCUCUUCGGGUCUUAUGUUGUCUCGCCGAGGGCAGACACCUUCUUGGAUUGCAUUGCGCUACUGACAGCCGUCUUGCCUGGUUUUUCUCCUUACAAUACGUGGGUGUUGAAAUAUGGCUGGAUGGUCUCCCAGCUCACGUUCCUCCUCCCCUUGAAUGCUACCAUGAUCAGCAUUAACCUUCAUCUUGACGAUUCACUUGGAUGUGUCUUCGUUGGUGUACUCCUGUCACUCAUGCUUUAUGGGUGUACUUGUGCCCAAACAAUUUACUACGCGUGGCACUAUGCCGUGGAUAAGCCUAUUUUAAAGUACCUGGUACGAUAUCCUCCUACAGUGUUGUUCCCUAUGUCCAUCUCAACUCGAAGUCUACCCCCAGGUCGCUACUGCUUGCAUUUGGCGUAUGUAACCGCUUUCACUCGCAGGAUUUUGGACACGGCAAGAAUGGGGACAGAGGUUCAGGAAUUGUGGUUCUACUUCGUUCAGAACCACGGCAACCCGUUCGCCUUAGCCCAGCUCGACCGGCAAGUAUAUUUGAAACACCACUUAGCAUGUCUUAAUUUUGGAGCUUCUUUUUACUCUUCAAUGUCUCGCAGAGUAUACGGAGCCGAGCAAAUUUUCGCCGUCGUUACGAAGCUGCUUGUGCAAUGUUACUUCAUCUUCAAAAUUUGGCAGCUUUUCCGUAGGAGGAGAUCACGGGUUUUCGUCGUCGUCGUCGCGCUUGGUCUGUCGUUAUGCUCACUUGUGUUUGGUAUUCAAACUAUUUACACAGCGUAUAUCGCUAAGCAAGUGGCAGGUGCCGUCUCAACUGAGACGCUUCCGGGGACGACCCAACAGAUUUUAUCCUUCAUCACGGAAUUAUACAUAACCAUUUCGCUAUCCUACAUUCUAGGAGAUCAUAUAACAGGACACAGACGGACGACAAUAGUCCUCUCGAAGCUUAUCGCGUACAUCAUCAACCGGGCGAUUUUGCUAUCACUACUCACGCUUCUCGCGUUGUCGACGUACUUGGGAACGGACGUACACAAUGACACGCUGAUUUCGGAGAUCUUCACUGCUCCAAGCAGUGCUGUAUAUACGAAUACCCUCCUUGCAGCCCUGAAUCUACGCAAGCACCUUGGGGAGCUCGAGCGCGAGGGAAAGAUGGCUGAACGACCUCUCCCGACGUUGCCCGUUGAGGUCUGGGAACAGGUCAUUGAUUCUAUACAGGAGCCAGAGUACCUGCUGCCAUGCACACUGGUGUGCAGGGCAUGGUAUCCCAGGAGCCGUUACCAUCUCCUCCAGAAGAUCUGUGUUAGCGACAAGAAACAAGUCGUCCGAGUGGCGAAGCUCGUCCGCAGUCGGCCAGAAAUGAAAGGUGCGGUGAAGCUCAUCGUGAUCAAUGGAGGCAGCGGGGAUUCUCCUAGGGCAACGUCCAUUCCUCUUCUGGGGACAUUUGCAAUGAUGCUGGCGGGCAAGUUUACGCGGUUGGAUCAACUCGAGAUUGUGAGGGCCCGCUGGGUGCCAUCGACAUUUCAUCCGGAUAUCUUCCUCCACCUGACCGCAUUCGCCUCAAUAUCACAUCUCAAGCUGGACAAUGUGUUUUUGCCGUCGGCGUUGAUCUUCGGACGCCUUAUCUGUGCGUUCCCCAAUUUACGGCGCCUCGAAUGUGGCAUCAUGUCGUUUAAAAACAAAAUAUUCGAGCGAAGCUUGAUUCGAGUAUCGUCGCCUGUCUCUGAGUUAAUCCUGAUGGGUGGAUUCAUUACCGAGCUUGCCAACUUCUUCGCCAGCACAGAACUCGCCGCGAACAUGAAACAGCUUGUACUGGGCCGCUGGUGGAACGCAGUCAACCUCGCGAAGCUGCACAAGCUAGGAGCGCAGCCGCUAUUGCGGAUAGCUGCCGGGUCGCUCAUGGAUUUUGAGAUUACUGUUGACGGCGUGCCUGGCGUAGAGUCCGCACAGAUGAAGGAUUUGUUAGAUUCCCACCUUAAUUUGCAACACAAUACUAACCUCGAAAUUCUUUGUCUCAAUGUAUGGAUCCAGACCUCGAUGGACUUGAGUUGGCUGCAUCUUUUCCUCUCGAUGGUGUCCUCUAAAAAACUUCGCGAGAUGAAUAUUGUCGUGCAUUGGUGGCGGCCUGUCCCUAUAGACGAAAUUGUACUCAGCGGAUUGGAUGAAACUCAGUGCACGCUCGUGGACACCCUCCUCACCGACCGCCGCCAAUUCCCCAAGCUGACAUCAAUUGACUUUCGGUUUCUUGCGAUUAGUGAACAAGAUGAAGCCACAAGGGUCAUCAUGCCAUCGCAGCGCUCGUGGAUGGACCAGUUUUUGCCACGAUUCCCUGCAUUGUGCGCUCGUGGAAUAUUAAAAACCUCUGUGGACAUUCGUGUCGACUAUGCGUAG